GUGCAGGGGACCGCGCUGCCGGGAGGAGGCCCAUGCAGUUCCGCUUCUCUCCCCUGCUUCAGUGUAACUUGUGCACGUGGAGAUGGCAGAGCAGGAGCCAACGGCGGAGCAGCUGGCCCAGAUUGCAGCUGAGAACGAGGAGGAUGAACACUCGGUCAACUAUAAGCCGCCUGCCCAGAAGAGCAUCCAGGAGAUCCAGGAGCUGGACAAGGAUGAUGAGAGUCUGCGCAAGUACAAGGAGGCGCUGCUCGGUGCCGUCACUGUGACCGCAGAUCCUAAUGCUCCAAAUGUGGUGGUGACCAAACUAACUCUGGUCUGUACAACUGCUCCUCCUGGCCCUCUGGAGCUGGACCUGAGAGGUGACCUGGAGAGCUACAAAAAGCAAGCGUUUGUGCUGAAGGAGGGUGUGGAAUACCGGAUAAAAAUCUCCUUUAAGGUGAACAGGGAGAUCGUGUCAGGGUUGAAAUAUAUCCAGCACACGUUCCGAAAAGGAGUGAAAAUUGACAAGACUGAAUACAUGGUUGGGAGCUACGGCCCCCGAGCGGAAGAGUACGAGUUUCUGACCCCCAUGGAAGAGGCUCCGAAGGGCAUGCUGGCCCGCGGCAGCUACAACAUCAAAUCCAAAUUCACAGACGAUGAUAAGACGGACCACCUGUCCUGGGAGUGGAACCUGACCAUUAAGAAGGAUUGGUAGGACUAGCCCUUCCCGAGGCCAAUCCCCAGAGAGCGCGAAUCAGACAGUGGCUACCG